AUGGCCUCGGCUACUCCGGCAGGCAACGAUGGCCAGGGCGAUGCGAGCGGCGGCGACCUCCCCCGCUUAGGCCUCGAUGGGAGUGGUUGCUACUCCAGCUCGGAGUACAGUAGCGAGGACGAAGAUUUUGCGGAGCCGGCGUUGUCGAUGGAGCAGAGGCUGAAGAUGGCGCGAAUUUGGUUGGCCAACCCUAGCACCGCCCAUCAGUGGACUCAUGGCAUCGGUGGUGUUCUUUUGUAUGAUGAUAUUUUGGAUGUUAGGUUCUAUUUUGAUGCUUCAGAAAUGUUUGAGUUGAAGCUCUGCAGUUCAGAUGUAACAUACCUGAAUAUGAUUGCAGUGAUGGAAACCCAAGGAUUUGGUGAAUAUGAUCUGCUGUUUCACAUUGAGAAUCCACAAUUAGGGGAGAAAGGAUUGGAGAUGGUAGAGUGUAAUGCUGAGUUGCAAUUAGUAAAGAAGCAGGUUGAGGAGUCUAAGGUCUUAAAUUUGCUAGUGAGGGCAUGUCCACCUCCUUGCAGCCAGUUUGAGAGGCAAGAAUUAUCCACUGUUGUGUAUGAAGAGCCUGUGUUAUAUGAUCUCAGUGAGGCACCCAUCUAUGCUGUUAAUGAAGAAGGAGUUGCAUUUGAAAGUCAGAGUAGUAGCUACAGUGUAGCUCAUGGUACUGGUCUUUGCACACAAGAGAGCAAGAAUGUAAAAGGAAAAAUGAAAGCUGUUAUGGAAAUAGAAGAAGAAGAGGGAUAUGUUGGCAGUGGUGGUUCUGAUUGUGAAGGUGAAGAGGACAUUGAUGUACCACCUUUUUAUAUGGGUGAUGCUGAUGACAUAGAGAUGGCUGAGGGAAAGAAACAGAAAGAGUAUGAUGAAAUGGAAGAGGAAGAAACAGAUGAUGAAGAAUCUGAGGAGGAAGAAGUUGUGCAUUAUGAGGGUGACACAGAGGUUGAGGAACCUUUUCAAAUGGAUGAAGAUGACAAAGUUGUUUCACAGGAUGUAGAAACUGUAAUUGUACAUGAAGAGAAGAAGAAGAAGAAACAAAAGCUUCCAGUUAGGAGAGGGCCUACAACAAGGUCACAUUCAAGUGUAGUAUCAGAGGAGGAACCUGAUUUCAAACCUUCAUCUGAUGAAGAAGAGAAAGGAUUGUUGAAGGAGGCUGAUGAUGAUGGUUUUGAGCCAUUGUCAUUUGUGCUGCCAAAGAAAAGGAAAAGCAGGGCAAAGCAGAGGCCUCCUAGAAAAUGGUACAAUGAGAAAAUGGAUGCACCACAUGAGCAAUUAUGUCUACACAUGUGUUUCUUGGAUCAACAUCAAUUCAGAGAGGCUUUGUUGAACCUACACAUCACUCAAGAAAGAAACUUCAGAUAUCAUAGGAACUCAGAUCAAAGAAUAAUUGUAGAAUGCAACCAAAAAAAUUGCAACUUCUUUAUGGUGGCAGCAGUUAUAAAAGGUGAAACUACUUUUGUAAUUAAGAAGAUGAGAAUUAAGCACACUUGCCCUACUAGUACAGAGACAACAAGGGUAAGUGCCAAGUGGCUUGCACGGAAGUAUGAGUCACUGUUCAGAUCUGAUCUAACAACUGGCAUUCAGACUUUGAUUGAUGCUUGCAUGGAGAAGUAUGGUGUGGAUGUGCCCAAGUCAAUGGCAUAUAGAGCAAAGAACAUAGCUAUUGAUGCUGUGCUAGGAGACCACAAGAAGCAAUACCCUAGGUUGAAAUACUAUGCUCAGACAGUGAUGGAUACAAACCCUGGGAGUAGAGUAGUAGUCACUACUGUAACUCCAACACCCACUGAAAAAAUCCCCCAUCCAGGUCCAAGAUUCCAUGCUAUGUUCUAUUGCAUCAAUGGAGCAAGGGAGGGGUUUCUCAAGGGGUGCAGACCAUUCAUUGGUGUUGAUGGGUGCUUCAUUAAGUUAACUACUAGUGCUCAACUACUUGCUGCCACUGGUAGAGAUGGCAACAACAAUAUAUACCCACUAGCAUUUGGUAUUGUUGGGCAAGAGGACACACCUAACUGGUGUUGGUUUCUACACCAACUUAAAAUCUGCCUAGGAGGAGAAGAGGGACAGUUUGGUCCAUAUACAAUAAUGUCAGAUAGACAAAAGGGCCUACUAAAUGCAGUGAAUGCUGUCUUUCCUAAGUGCAACCAAAGGUUCUGCCUUAGGCAUAUCUAUGCAAACUUCCAAAAUGCUGGGUUUAGGGGGGAAGAUCUGAAGAAGUGUAUGGAUAAUGCUGCCUAUGCAUAUAGUGAACACAAAUUUAACAUUGCAAUGAAUGACCUUAGAGCUGAAUGUCAGGAAGCUUGGGAGUGGCUUUGUCAAAUACCCAAGAAAACAUGGGCAAGGCAUGCAUUUGACACAAACUGCAAGACUGACCUUGUAGUUAACAAUUUGUCUGAGGUGUUCAACAAGUAUGUCCUAGAUGUUAGGAAGAAACCAAUUAGGACAAUGUGUGAUGGAAUAAAGGAUAAACAGAUGAUGAGGUGGCAUAGGAAUAGGGAGAGUGCAAAGACAGCUAGAUGGGACAUAACACCCCAUUAUAGUGAGAAGCUAGAGGUUGAGAAGGAGAGGGCCAAAUAUUGCAAACCAAUUCAAGCUGGUGUGAACUUGUGGCAGGUUACAAGUCGGCAGCAAACCCAUGCUGUUGACUUGCAAGUGCACACAUGUGGGUGCAGAAAAUGGGACCUCAGUGGCAUCCCAUGUAACCAUGCCAUCUCAGCAAUCAACAAGGGCAAAAGAAAACCAGAGGAUUAUGUCAGCAAGUUCUUCAAGAAAGAAUUUUAUGUGGCAGCUUAUGAACCAAUAAUCUAUCCAGUUCCUGGUGAGCAUGACUGGACAAAGACCCCUGGUCCAGACAUUGACCCACCUGCAUUUUAA